AUGUCAUCUAGAGAAUUAUCAACUGUAGAAAUUGUAAACAUUGAACAACAACCGAAUGAACGGAAUCGUGAAGAACGUUGGGAACCAGAUGAGGAAGGUAUUGGUGUAGGCGGUGUCAUCUUAUUCAUUCUUAUCACUAUACUAUUUAUUUGUACAUUUCCAAUAACAAUAUUUUUUGCAAUUCGUACAGUGAAAACUUACGAAAGAGCGAUUAUUUUACGUUUUGGUCGUUUAAAACGUGCUGGUGGAAAAUAUGUUUUAGGCGCUGGAUUACAAUUUGUUAUGCCAUGUGCAGAUCAAAUGAUUUGUAUAGAUUUACGUACAAAAACUGUGAAUAUACCACCACAAGAGAUAUUGACAAGUGAUGCAGUGACUGUCGGUGUUGAUGCUGUUGUAUUUAUGCGUGUGAUUGAACCGGCUGCUGCUUUGUUACGAGUUGAAAAUGCGGCGAAAUCUGCUGAAUUGUUGGCAGUCACAGCAUUACGUUCAGUAUUGGGAACAUAUGAAUUAUCACAGAUAUUGACAAAUCGUGAUCAAAUUGAUGCAAAGCUAGCUAUGUUAUUAGAUCAAGCUACAGGUGAAUGGGGAAUUAAGGUAGAACGAGUUGAAAUUAAAGAUGUUUCAUUGCCACAAGAAAUGCAACGUGCUAUGGCUGCAGAAGCACAAGCUGUGCGAGCAUCUAAAGCGAAAGUAAUUGCAGCCCAAGGUGAAUUGGAAGCAUCUUCGACAUUGCGUAAAGCUGCUGAAGAAAUGGCUAGAUCACCAACUGCUUUACAAUUACGUUAUUUACAAACAUUAGCCACUAUUGCAACAGAACAAAAUUCUACAAUUAUCUUUCCAUUACCUAUUGAAUUAAUACAAAGUUUCACAGCAAAGAAACUAGCAUGAAUGGAUUGUCUAUAGACAGAAAUAAAUAUAAAACAUAACAUGUUCACUGUCAAAUACGC